AUGGAGAAGUUUGACAUCGCCGUCAUUGGAGCCGGGAUUGCGGGAAUCACCGCGGCCCGCGACCUCAGCAAGAAGGGCUUUUCGGUGGUCCUACUCGAAGCGCGAGACAGAGUGGGCGGCCGAACCUAUCUAGAAAAGGGCCUUGGGGACGAGAUCGAGCUCGGUGGUGCCUAUGUGCACUGGACCCAGCCGCAUGUGUGGCACGAACUGCAAAAGCAUGCCAUCGGGCUGUUGCCUCCCCUCCCCAGCAUCAAGGCUUACUGGAUGGCGGAUGGGAAAAUUCAUUCUGGGACGGAGGAGGAAUACUACGAGAUCCUCGGCCCCGCGAUGGCGCAGCUCUUCGCCGACGCCCGCGCGCGCUUCCCGCUGCCUUGGAUGAUCAACACUGUGGACAACUGCGACAUAGAACGCGAAAGCAUCGAGGACCGCAUCAACUCGUUGGGGCUUGACUCCUAUCAUCGGGAUGUCCUCGAGGGAGCCUUGGCUGGCGUGGUUCACAAAUAUAAGGACCACGGCAUUGCACAGCUGCUUCGCAAUGUGGCAACCUACUUCGGUGAUUACAAAGCCUUCUUCGAGACGGCAAGCUUCUGGGCCAUUGAAGGGGGCACUAAAUCCCUCAUCGACGCUAUUCUGUCCGAAUCGACCGCUGAGCUCCGCCUCUCGACCCCCGUCAGCACUAUACAGGAUCAUGGCUCGAAGGUAUCGAUUACCACGUGUGCCGGCCAGAAGAUCCUGGUGCGUGCAGCAAUUGUUGCAGUGCCCGUUGGCACUCUCGGCGAUAUCAAAAUCUCGCCUAGCCUCCCCCAUGCUGCGAGCUCUAUGGUCGCGGAAAGGAACCCCGUCAUGGCAAGCAAAAUCUGGGCUCGAGUGCGAGGCCAGAUCGAGCCCUUUACUGGGUUCGCCCCCGCUGGCAAACACUCCCUCAACGCAGUCCGGACGGAGCGCUACCAUAAUGGCGACACGCUCAUCAUGUGUAUUUGCUCGGACGCGGCCACAAUCCGCGCCGAUGACCAAAAGGCCGUGCAGGCUGCGUUGCGAAAAUUCAUUCCUGGCAUCGAAGUGGUCGAUACCGCCUCCUACAGCUGGGCCGAAGAUGAAUUCUCGAAGGGCGGCUGGAUGAUGCACCGGCCCGGGCAUAUAACCGGUGGCGCAGUUCAAAUCCGCCAGGGUCAUGGUUGCAUUCGCUUUUGCGGCAGUGACAUUGCAGCCCUCGAGACCGGCGCUAUCGAGGGUGCCAUGGAGUCUGCUGCUGCUGCUGCUCGCGACACUGCUGCUGCGCUGUCCGUUGCAAACACGAGAAGCUCUUGCCUGUAA